AAUGUCUGCGAGGAUCCUGGAGGGGAUCGGCAAUCCCAGACACCCAGCCCACCUCCCGAUUCGGGGGUGAUGGGGUGAGUGUGGGCUGCGAGACCCGCGGCGGCGCGUGCCCACGGGAGACUGGGGAGUCCCGGGGGACAGCACCGCUGAUGGUUCUUGAGAACUCAGAAGCCACACUGCAGUGUUUCCACCUGAGAACCCGGGCUGGCUAGAAACCCUGAGGCAAUGACAGAGACAGCCCACCGCCUGAUUUGAAGGCGCUGCCUAGAGAAUGAGGAGCGACGAGCCGGCCGUGACCAUGGAAGAGACGGGCGGGCCGGACGCGGCUGCGGGCCGCCUGGGGGCGCCGUACUCCGAGGCCUGGGGAUACUUCCACCUGGCGCCGGCGCGCCCCGGCCACGCGUCGGGCCCCUGGGCCACCUGCCGGCUGUGCGGGGAGCAGGUGGGCCGCGGCCCGGGCUGGCACGCGGGCACCCCGGCGCUGUGGAAGCACUUGAGGAGCGCGCACCGGCGGGAGCUGGCGGAGAGCAGCGCCCGCCGCUCGCCGCCCGCCGCCCCCGGCCCCGCCGCGGCCGCCGAGGGCGACUGGGCGCGCCUGCUGGAGCAGAUGGGCGCGCUGGCCGUGCGCGGCAGCCUGCGGGAGCGCGAGCUGGCGCGGCGCGAGGCGGCCGUGGAGCAGGGCGAGCGCGCCCUGGAGCGCAGGCGGCGGGCGCUGCAGGAGGAGGAGCGCGCGGCGGCCCAGGCGCGCCGGGAGCUGCAGGCCGAGAGGGAGGCGCUGCAGGCGCGGCUGCGGGAAGUGAGCCGCCGGGAGGGCGCCUUGGCCUUGGGCUCGGCCCUGCUGCACGCUCCGCUCAAAGAGGAGCCCGAGGGGGACCCCAGGGACGGCUACGUCAUCACGAAGGUCUUCCUGUAGCUUUUAGCCGCUCCCACCCCUCCACCCCCGGCCAGCGCUACUCAAAACGUGAGGCCCGCGGACCGGCGUCUUCAGCCUCACCUGGGAGCGAGAUCUCAGGCCCGUUGCCGCUCUGCCGAAUCGAAAUCGCCAAAUGUGGGGUCUUGAGAAGCACUUCGGGGGCCCGGCAGAACCAAAAAUCACUCCGUGGUCCUCCGGGGUGCCUGGGAGCGCAAGCUCCAGCGGCCUCCAAUGCUGGUGGCGUUUAGUGGCAUCCGUGCAGGGGGUGGUUUUCCUCUGACUGACUUUGGAAUGAGAGCUCCAACAGCCCUGUGAACCUAGAUCACCUGGAGCCAUGGCCAUUUUGUGCCUGGUGACUUUGAAAGGACAGGAGCUUCCUUACACACCAAAGACUAUCACACCAUGUGCCUGUACACCAGCCAGGGCAACCCAGGGUAGAGGGUGCAUGGAAAUGAGGAUAAAGCAUUUUUACCCAAAAAAGAGUUUUCCUCAUUUCCUAAUGAGUAAAUCUUUGAUGAGUAGUCUUUGCCCAGCACCAAGUUCUGAAUGGGAGACCGUUUAAGUUUCCAAGACUGCUCAUUACCCUGUCAUUUCUAGUGCCUUAGGAAGGCAGUCCUGGAGAAGCCCUCUUUUCGCUCCCCUCCCCAGCUUGCCCAGCAGUACCAAGCACCCUAUCUUACCUCCGCCCUCUUCCCCUGUUUCAGACCCAGUGGCAGCUGUGCUGUUUCCCCACUUAACUGCCUCACACCUGCCGCCUUACUAGCAAGACAUGACCCCAUCCCUCCUUGUUGUUAGGAAGGGAGCUUCUGCCCCCGCAUCUCCACAGUCCUCACUCCUGGGCCAAGGGGAAGGCACCCUCCCAUCUGAGGCCACCUCCUCCUCUCAUAUUUUCAUCCAUUCCUCUUCCACCUUUCCUGGGCCCUUCCUCCACUACGUUACCUCUUUUCCUCUGUCUCAUUCCCUCCCUUUCUUCAGAGUCUUCCUCUUUAGCAAUGCCCCAGUCUUCCUUGGACUGAAAAGAAAGACUCCCCCAGCCUGGAUGCUCCCAACUGAGCACCCCCUAAGCAAGGACUGUCGAGCAGUCCUUGCUGCUUAUAUUUGCUCCCCAUUCCUUAUUCCUUCAUUCGUGAUCAGCUUUUCAUGCUACACUGGACUCUUAAGAAGCCGCUACAGUCUCACAAUGGCUGAAUAUGAUGAUUUAUUUUUAGCCUUCAUUUUGCUUAAUCUCUCCCUUCUUGAAAUUUUUCCUUUGGUAGAUGGAACUUGCUUUUCCUCCAGAGAAUUCCUUUUCCUGAUGUAGACUGGUUUCCAAACAGUUUUUCUUCAGGUCUCUUUUUUCCUCAUUUUUCUG